CGAGGUCAGCGGAUCCGUCAGACUCAGCGCAAGCCCGACGCUCUCGUAAUUUUGUGGCUUGUAAUAAAUCUUUUGACUCCUGGAGGUUGUCUUUCGUUCUCUGUCCAUUUUCAAGAGGAACAAGGUGUAGCAGAGGAGUCAGACAACUGUAAGGACAGCAAUCAGAAUGACACCGAGAACAGGAUUUUGAUACAUUACUUUGAAUAACUGCCACAGAAAUUCACAACUCCUAUCAAAUCAGGACCUGAAGACUUAUAAAGAUAGAUUCUGCUAAUUUUGACAACAUUUUACAUGUAACAAAAAGUCCAGAUAAUUGAACAUUUCUCAGCUAAAAGUCACAACUAGUGUUGUACAAUGCCAGAGAGAUAUCUUUAACUGCUCUCAUGGAUGAUUCGGACAUGGAUACCAAAAAGCCUGACAGCGCCAACCAAUUCACAACCAUUAAAGAAGAGAAAAGAGAUGAUAUUAGUGUGGAUACCAAUGUGUCAGAAAAUGCCAUUCAAUUCAUUGCCAUUAAAGAAGAGAAAAGGGAUGAUAUCAAUGAGGAUACUAUUGUGCCUGAUGCUAAUGAACUCAUUGCCAUUAAGGAAGAAAAAAAAGAUGCUAUCAGUGAGGAUACUAUUGUGCCUGAUGUUAGCAGUCUCAUUGCUGUUAAAGAAGAGAAAAAGGAGGAUAUCAGUGAGGAGCAUUGUCUGGAUAUAAAGGAAGAAAGUUCUGAUUAUGUAGAAGGGAUGAAUGCUGUCUUUGUUAAGACUGAAGAGGAUGUAGAUAUGAGUGAGUGUUCAAUGUCUGAAAAAAUGAAAUUUGGCGAUGAGGAAACAAGUGGAAGUGACUCAGAUGUUGCAAUUAGUGAAAGUGAAGAUCCAUUAAAAAUGGUUGAUGAGGGGGCACUCGCAAAUGAUAAAGAGGGAACAUAUGCAAGAGUGGAUAGCAAGGGGAAACUUGUUUGUGAAAUAUGUGGCAAGAAAUUCUCAUAUAAGAGUCAAAUGUUAGAUCACAUUAGAAUACAUACAGACGAAAGGCCCCACAAAUGUGAGGUUUGUAGCAAGGCAUUCUCAAAGAAACGUGGUCUAAUUGUGCAUAUGAGAACACAUGCAGAAAAAAGCCCUUUUAGUUGCAAAGUCUGCAACAAGGAUUUUUCUAGCAGAGACAUACUAGUUGAGCACAUGAGCUUGCAUACAGAAGACAGACCAAAUACUUGUGAGGUCAAUAGCAAGGAAAUUUCAAAGGAAGAUCAUAUAAUAGGACGUGUGAACUUACUUUCUAAGGAGAAAUCUUAUAGUUGCAAUCUCUGUAGUCGGGCAUUCUCACGGAGAAGUCAUUUAGCAAAGCAUGUGGUAGUGCAUACAAAACACAAACCUUAUAAAUGUGAAGUUUGUGAGAAGGCAUUCUCCCAGCAGUGGACUCUGGUAUGUCACAUGAGAUCACAUACAAAUGAGAAGCCUUAUAAGUGUGAGAUUUGUAAUAAAGCAUUUUCUGUGAAACAUGCUCUUGUUGCACAUAUGAAAGUGCAUACAAAAGAGACUCGGUAUAGAUGUGAAAUUUGUAAUAAGGAUUUUACUGUGAGACAGGAUCUAAUGGAACAUGUAAGAUCACAUUCAGAAGAGAAACCAUUCAGCUGUGAGAUAUGUAGCAAAACAUUAUCUUCAAAAUAUGCUCUUGUUGUACAUAUGAGAAUACAUACAAAAGAGAGGCCAUAUAAAUGUGAGAUUUGUAGUAAAGGAUUCACUAUAAGAAGCAAUUUAGUGGCCCAUGUGAGAAUUCAUACAAAAGAAAAACCAUUUACCUGUGAGAUCUGUGGCAAAGCUUUCCCCAGAAAACGCACAAUAAAGGAUCACAUGAGAGUCCAUACAAAUGAAAAACCAUAUUGUUGCAAGGUAUGUAGUAGGACAUUCUCAGGGAGCAGUAAUCUAAAGAAGCACAUGAGAAGAGUACAUACCUAAAAAAAAUUCUUCUGACGUUUGCAUUUAGGAAUUGUUGGAGAAAUAUUACUAGAAUCAAUCAUUUAAAAAUCACUAAUGAUUGUGUUAAAAGUGUAUACAUAUCUCUAUUCAUGUGAUAAGUACUGUAAAAAUUUACAUGUCUUCCAGAAAUAUGGCAGAUAAGAAGUUGCAUUAAAAUGCACCAUGACAUAAAUUUUGUGGGGGGUUGUACUGUAUGAUAUACAUCAUAUGCAUCUUAUAUAUAGUGCAUUAUUUUAUUAGAAAGUGUUUUAAAUGAAUAAUAGAAUACGGCACAGAAGCAGUUGUAUAUAAUUUACUUGCCUACACUUUGAAAUAGUAAUAACUAGCCAAAGCAAAAAGUUCCAUUCUCCGAGAUCAUCUCAGAACGUAUCACCAGGGAGGUAGAAACUGCACUUAAGUUCACAACAGUGUUCUCAGAUGGUUUCCUUUGAAGCCAUUAUCAGUUGUUUAUUUGCUCUAGUCUGCUCUCAAUUUCCUCUUUAUUAACCCAUGGAACAGCCAGAUGCAAACAGUAUCCUACCUUUGCUCACCUUCCAUUUGGCAUUUAGUAGCACCACAAAAUGCAUAAUUUCAAUGCAAGGGGCUGUAGCAUGAUACUUUUAUUCUUCAUAUAACAUACAUAUGCUACAGUACUGAGAGGUGGUAUGCCUACCAGACGAUGCAUACAUUGUUUACAAUCACAAAUAAUGGACAAAGAAUGAAGAAUGUUUAGGAAUAUUUCUCAGAGUGAAUUCUGCCAUAUGAACUUUUAUGAUUGAUGGAAUGCUUGUGGCACAUCUUAACAUGCACUAUUUAACAUUUUAAGCUAAGCAUAUGAUAAUGAAUGUGAAGAAACACAAGAGCAUAGUCCUAGUAAAUGUUUUUAAACACCAAUGUUUACAGUUGAGCAGAUCACUACAAACCAUUCUAUUGGAGCAUAUUCUUUCUAGCGCACAAAGGUAUUCAAUACUUUCCAGCAGAAUGCAAGGCUGGAAGUGAUCUUGCACAAUAGGUAUGCCUGUAGAGUAACCAGCAAUACUUGCUGCAUUUUCUAGAUCCAGUUAUCCUCCUCCUUUGUCACCGAGACUGGCUUUUAUUCUUGGUGUGAUGCCUUGAGAAGUGCUGAUAAGUAGUGGGGCAGCAUCUUCCCCAACUCUUUCUUUAGUUAGUAGGUGAAUCAACUUCAAAUUGCGUGUCUUUCCACUCCAUAUAAUCAGUUAUGGAAAAAGGAAAUUACAAGGUUAAUAUUAAAUCACUUAUACAUCUGGAUCUAUGUGCAGUGGUUCUGGCAAUAUCAGCGUGACAGCUAAAUCUAGUGCAUAAUAUCUCAUUGAAAAUUGCAAAACGGUAAACAAAAUUGUUGUCUCAUAUAUAAAAGAAAUAUACAAAACUUUUAAAUUAUAUUGUUGUUGUUUUUAUUUUUUUAUUUACCAAUGUGUGAAUGUCUAUACAUCAUCUAUUCUGUGUAAAAUAUGUAAAUAAUACCCAAUACAAAAAAAUAUUUUGGUGCUUUUACAUGAUUACUAAAUUACUUAUUAGUUGAAAAUUACUUACUAAAUAUACGUUUGAUUGUAUUUUGACAAAAUUUACUUGAAGGUUGUUACAUUUAUCCACUAAGGUAAUACAUCAAAUUUUGGGAGGAAAUCUAUAUACAAAAAAUACUCAUACAAAUGUACAAAAUCUUGUAUCAUUUUUAUAUUUGUGGUUGUGUGUAUAAACCUUGAAAGAAUGUGAUGCAUUUCAUAGAAUAAAAGAACAGUCUGCUUAUUGUAUUUUAAUUAUUUAUAGCUCAUAAUCAUCAGUGUAAUGUUUCCUAAGGGUGAGGAAGCUGGUAAAAAGAAAAAAAAACUAUUUAUUGGGCUGUUGUUAUAAUAUUUAUACCAGCAGUUACAGAAACCACAUGCAUGUUAACUCUAGCCUAGUAAACCCAUUCUGUGACUGUUUCAUUUUUAACCUUUUCACCCCUUUUGGAAAUCAUACAAAUAAUUCAAUAAGCUACUACUUCUUUAAUAAUUGCUCAACAGGGAUGAUAUUAACCCAACGUUGCCAGAAAAAUAGUGCUCAUUUUGGAAUUUUUGGUGAAAUUUCUCUACACAUAGAUGGUUCUGCUAGUGCUUAGCCACAAAGGAGUCAAUUAGUAGACCCUUGUGACCUCACCUGAUUUCACCUUUCCUUGAAUUUGCAGGAAAAAUUAUUAUAGACAUUAUAAUUACUAUAAUGUUAUUGACAUUAGUUGUGGCAAUAUAAGACAUAAAAUAUGAAAAUCAAGGAAAAUGGUAAACAGGUGAGACAAGUAGUAGUCAUAAUCGGCUGAUUGUUGACUUAGCACAAGUGGAGAGUUAUGUGUAAAAACAAUAAAAUAAACUCAAAAUGGGCAUGGAAUAUACAUACAUGCCAUGGAAAAAGUUUACAAAAUCUAACCCUUACCGUUAUCAAUACAAAGUCUGUAGAAUCAUUUAGGCAAGUGUAGGCAUGUUACAUAUGAAUUUUCAUGGAAGUAUUUUUGGUAAAAGUUGAAAACUCAUGUUUUGAUAUAUGGGACCACUAAAGUUGGAACUCCUAUAUUAUGAUCCAAAAGUAGGUGAGACAAUGGCAUUUACUUCUUUAUCUUCUAGUCUUGAAUGUUCAUAAUAUUUGUCUUGUUUGUUGUUGUCCAGGCAUAUAAUCUUCUGACUCUGGGUUAAUGGCUCCCGCCUGCCUUUUGCACCAAGGCAUUACAAUAGGGUUCCGUAGUUGCCUAGGCUACUUUUUGUCACAAGGUUUGUUAGUUGAAUGCCCCAGGAGUCUUUAUCAUUCUUCUCAAUUUUUUCUCAGUUUUGGGCCUUUUCUUCAGUGUGCUAUUCAAUUUACUUCUAUCUUCCUGUUCAUAUACUAAUAUUCAUAUACUAAAAUAUGCUCCAUUGUUUUAUUUAUCGCUACAAAUAAUUUAUUAUACCAACUGAUAAUUAUCAAUGUUGAUUUGGUAUACAGGGUGGUGAUUGAAUGCCCAUAAAGCAAAUUUUCAUGAAGCACUAUGGAACUACAUUUUUUUCACAGAUUUUUAUUUUCUGCCAAUUUGGUUAGCUGCUCCCCUUAAGAGGGAUUUCAGAAAUCAGUGUAAGAAAAACAAUUAUUUUUAAGGUAAUUUUAAGAAAGAUGAAAUGAUCAGAGAAACUGUUUAUAGUGAUAAAAUUUUAUCAGCAAAUGAAUGUUCUGUUAUACUGUAUUUGUUAGAUUUGAUAAAGGCUUGUGUUCAUCAUA